AUGCGCCACGAAGACGACGAGGACGACGAAGUUGCGUCGGUGGCGUCCGCGGAGACCCGCGGAACGUUCAUGUCGGACGACGGCGAGUUCUAUGACGGCUACUCGAAGAACGAAGACGACGAGCAAGACGUCGACGACGCCGUGGAGGAGCUGACCGAGAAGAGAACGACGACGCGGGUUGCCGCGCUUGAAAAGCUGACGACGCAUCUGCUCCAGUAUCUGGCCCCGGAAGACAUUAGCGAAAGCUUCGUGGAUAACGUGCUUGGGUGCCUGCGCAAGCCAGGCGAAGGCGAGGCAGUAUUGGGCUCACGCAUCUUGGCGAUUUUGGCAAUUAUUUUCGGGGAGGACGAGGAGCGCUUUUUCCAGCGAUCAAAGAAUGUGCUCAAGCCUCUGGUCAAGACAGCGCGAAAUGCGAAGAUUAAAGUGGCGACUGUCCGCGCUCUGGGUCUGAUCUGCUUUGUGUGCAGCGUUGAGGUGGAGAACACCGAAGAGCUACUGGAGCUGUUUGAAACGUUUUUCAACCCGAAAAUUGUUGGCGACAUUUGCAAAGCAGCCCUCGACUCGUGGGGUCUCGUGGCGUCCAACCUCUCGGAUGAAAUGCUGGCGAGCGGCGAGUUGCUAGAAAGAUUGGUGCCAAAGUUCCUGGCCUUGCUAGACCACAAGGACGUCGACGUGCGCUCAGCCGCCGGCGAGAAUGUUGCAUUCCUUUACGAAAGCGCAGCGAGCUGUGGUGUGCCGCUGCCCUAUGGUGAGGAAAUCUUGGACCGUUUUCUUGAGAUGAGCAAGGACAGCAGCAAGAAGAACAGCAAGAAAGACCGCAAGACCCAGCGCAUUGUCUUCCGCGAUAUUCACUCGACUCUCUCUGCCGGCGAAACUCCGCACGUUUCGUUCUCAGUAAAGAGCGAGGUGCUGGAGAUCAGCUCGUGGAAAUCGGUCAAGCAGUUUGAAGCGAUGAAGGAGUGCUUGCAGACAGGGCUCCAAGAGCACAUCAAGUACAACAACAUGCUUCGCGCGAUGCUGGACUUGCCCGAGACUUUGGAGGACCGCAAAAUUGACAGGCGCGACGUCUUCGAUAAGAAAUCGGCUUCAAGGAAGCAGCGCAGCAAUGAGCUCAAGGGAGACCGUAAACGGAAGCAGCACAUGCAGGACGCAUUUUACGACGACGGCUUCUACUAG